ACCUAUCACUUAGUUGUGGAAUGGACAGCGGCUGGUAGUGAUCAAAAGUAAUAGAGAACAAUGACAAUCGAACUGUACGCCGUCGUCACCAGAGAACCUUGCUUCUUUAUCCGUAUGCUGGCAAAGCAUAUUGGCGUUGAACUCGAACUGAAGGCUCUUGAAUAUGACAAGGAUGGCCGUCUGCCUGCGGAGUAUGCUAAGAUCAGCCCCUUACUCAAGAUCCCAGCAAUCAACGACGAUGGUUUCAUCUUGUACGAAAGUACUGCCAUCUGCUACUACCUGCUCAACAAGUAUGCUCCUGUGUCACCACUCUACCCGAAGGAAGUGGAGAAGUGUGCUCUCGUAGACCAGAUCUUGUGCACAGUGUCAAGUUUUGUGCAACCUGUUGCAUCAUUCCACAUACGAGGCAGUAUUGUCAAGAGGAAAAAGCUGACAGGAAACGCACUGCGGACGUUCGAAGAAACUGUACUCCGCCCGUUGGAGCAGCUGGUCGGCGAUAAUGCUUUCGCUGUCGGCGACAGCCUCACCGUGGCUGACAUCCGGCUUGUCUCCAGCAUGGCAUGUUUCGUGCCUCUUCCCAUUGUAGACAAGUCUAAGUUCAUCAAGUUAGUGUCUUACUACGAGCAAAUCAGGGCCCUUAUUCCAAGUUUCCACGAAGCGUGCGGCUGGAUGCUUGAAGAACGCAGCAAGGAUUGGGAGACGUACGAGUGAGCUCCUUCGGGCGCCGAACGACCUAAUCGGCCAAAACGCUGCUAGGCCAUUGAUCAUUCCAUGUUGACAGACUACUGCAUUAAAAGCAGAAAAGUAAUAAUAAAAGUAUUUUCUCAA